GAUCACCGUGAAGUGAAUUAUUUGUCUAAACAUCGCAAAGCUACUCCCCCAAAAAAAAACUUUGUGUGCUGUUCGUUUUUGUGCAAUUUCACUGAAAAAUCAAUCGAAAAAUGGACGCAUUCGGCGAUGGAAAGUUCGAUCAACCGGAAGUAGACCCGGCAGCCGAAUUUUUGGCCCGGGAACAGAACGCGUUGGCCGGAUUGGAGGACGAAAUCCCUCCAGUUCAUCAGCCCACAGGAAACGGGUUCGAUGAUGGCGAUGACGUGACUCAACCAAACGCAGAGGCUGCUGCAGGACUUGAGUUCGAAUCGACUGGAAGUUUCGAAUUGAUAACUAAUGAUGCCGAUCCGAUGGCCGGACCCGGGGGACUAUCGGAGUUUGCCGUCAAAACCGAACCGGAUCAGAACGGCUUGUUUUCUAACAGUCCUAUCAAUUCAAACGAAGAAGAUGGUAAUGAUGAUUUUUCAGGGUACACAGUACCCAAACAAGUGACGGAGGAACCGGAACGGAUCCGCAAGUGGCGCGAAGAACAGAAGACCCGACUCGAAGAAAAGGACCGCGAGGAAGAACGUAAGAAGGAGGAACUGCGAGAGCAGGCUCGUAAGGAACUGGAAGAUUGGUACAAACACCACGAAGAAGCUAUUUCAAAGACCAAAGCGGCUAACAGGGAGUCGGCCAAAAACGCCGAAAAGCAAUUCGUUGCCGAAACGGACGAAAUCGAACCCGGCACCGAGUGGGAGCGUAUCGCCAAGCUGUGCGACUUCAACCCGAAGACCAACAAGUCCAGCAAGGAUAUCUCCCGGAUGCGGUCCAUCAUUUUGCAGCUGAAGCAAAAUCCGAUCUCGACCAGCAAGAAGGUUUAAACCGGAGCGGAGAACAUAUGCUGACGAAUGGGGCGCUAUCCCUUAGAAGACAACUCGUUUAUUUCGUAAGAAAACAACCUAUACUAUGUAGAAGAAAAAAUGCUGAUUGUGUAUGCGUUAAACAACAUUAGGCGAUAGUGAGUGUUGAAUAUAUGAACCAUAGAGUCCAAGAUAAGUAAUAAGUGAAGUUUGCUCGACUUGAAAGCUAUGAAGCUUAACACAGUUUUAGUAUUUCAACUUUUGUUUGAAUCACGGUUUCCUUUAAUAGUUGGUUUCCAUCAUUAGUUUAUAUCUGUUUCUGUUGGUUCUAAUUCGUUUCGAAAACGUGUAUAAGAAUAGAUCACGUGACUACGUUUUGUUCUAAUUGUGACUUUCUAUCAUUCCCUCAAUAAAAGGUUCGGUUUAUUAUGCCUUUUGUAUUAAAAUAAACAUUUUAUAGAAUGUUCAACAAAUUAUUUCAUCCGGACGCAUUUACUGAGUUGAAAUGAUGGGUGUUAGCUAGAGCUAAAGACAGAUCGCAAUUCAACGUAAUUUGCAAGAAAAUAUCGGUAAACAUGCAAUGAAUAUGCAACAUGAAAUUUUAGAAUAUAUCAAUCUAGCAUACAUAAAUAACCUCUAAUAUAACAAUAAAAUUGUUGAAAAAAAUUGCA